AUGCCCGCUCAGAUGUGCACCGCCAUGAUGUCGGUCGCGAUGUGCGGCCUCCCAAGCCCACGCAGCCUCGAAUUCUCGUCCAUGCCAGCGCCAGAGUGCGAGACGAACCCCGCCGGCAAGUACGAUGGCCCCGUCGACUACACGAUCUCGGCGUUUGAAGAAUCCUGCAUCAAGACGGAGAAAAACUGCUACAACCGCUAUCACCCAGCUAUCCCGCUGGCACGACCAGAGACUUUGGCAAUGGAGGUCCCGUCGGGCUCCGUGGUCGACUUCCGUACGCGCGACCUCUGGGACCACCCCGACCCGGGGCUCACCCAGCCAUGGGAUGGAGAAGACGGCGCCUUCGCCCCCAUCCCGGACGCCGCCUUGAACUUCGACAAGGCGUAUGGCGACCUCGCCGCGGUGCACAUCAUCACCGGCCCAGUGGGUAUUGCGGGCGCCAUGCCGGGCGACAAACUGGCGAUCGAGAUCCUCGACAUCACGCCGCUCGCCCAGGGCUUCACCAUGUCCCACACGCCCCUUGGCUUCAUGAAUGGCGUCAAACCGGACGGCAACUCCCCUGAGGAUUUCAUGGCGUGGGUGACCUGGGACUACGACGCGACGACCAUGUCGUGGACGAGCCCCAGCUUCCCCGACGUCGUCGUCCCGUACGAGCCCUUCCUCGGCUCGAUCGGCGUGCUCCCGAGCGCCGAGACGGUCGCGCUCAAACUCGAGCACCACGCGACCGAGGUGGAGCUGUACGGCAAUCCGCAGUGGGCGGUCAACCCUGAGCUGGCGGUCCCCGCGGCUGUGUGCGGCGUCAAUGGCACGCACGCAACUGAAUGCCUGCGCACCCUCGCCGGCGGGGAGUACUUCGGGAACACCGACACGCAGCGCAUGGGCGUCGGGACCACGCUCCUCCUCGAGUGCGAGGUGGCGGGCUGCGGCGUCGGCACCGGCGACGUCCACGGCGCGCAGGGAGACGGCGAGGUGAGCAUCACGGCCAUCGAGAUGGCGGCCUCAGUCAAAAUGAAGCUCACGCUGGUCAAGCCUGGCGAUGCCGGCUACGCUACGCCGACGCCCGCCAUGUACGGCACCACCUCAAUCAAGCGCAUGUCGCCGGGCGAGUUCAUCUCGUUCAUGGGCUUCCCCUUCAAGAGCAGCGGCACCCUCCCCUCGCAGUACGUGUGGGCAAAGGACCGCAUCGACACGCUCGCGCUCACCUUCUUGACGGAGGUCGGCGGCUACACGUACGGCGAGGCGAUGGUCCUCGCGUCUGUCACGGUCGACCUCCGCGUCGCGCAGCUCGUCGACAAGCCGGCAGUUGGCAUGGAGGCGGUCAUCGACCUGACGGUUUUCAAGGGCGCCAAGUACGCCGCUUUCAAGCAGGCUGCCGCGUGGGCAGGCGUCUCGGACGUCGGACCAUUGAUGGGGUGAAACUGGAGGUGGCACAGCAUCGGUGCAAUCGCGCUCGGCGUGACUCCGUCCCUCUGAUCCGUGGUCGUUCGGGCGCCCUCACGGGCUCACGACCCACAAUCGAUAAUGUACGUUUCCUGCGCCCCCAGUGUAUACUUAGCGGGGGAGGGGCAGCCAUUUCCCGCAUUCCUGUCCGGAAGCGACCGAGAGAGAGUCGCGCUUGUGUGUGCAGUUUGGUGCGCAGUACCUCUCGCCCGGGAGAUGACACUUGUAACAUUUAAUUUGAAAGAUGACGCCACGA